AAACGAAUAUGGAGUCUCAGCGUAACGUCAUUCACAUGUGUAUUGUUUUUUUCAUAAUUCUAUUUAAUUUAUGAUAUUUUUUUGCCUUCUUGUGGAUAUUUUCACAUCGAGUUAUUGAGUUUUAAUAUAAUAAAUACUUCCGAUUGACAUCACGAGAAUGCGUAGAAAAAUCAAAUUAAUUAACAUAUGUAUUCGACAUAAGUGCACAAAAGUAUUAAAUACUGAAAAAGUUUCUUCACAAGGAUCUAAUAGUACAAAAAAAAUAGUGCGUCUUAAGAAACAGGUUAGAACUGAUAAUAAAUUGAACAAACUAACCUCUCAAUCUGUAUCUGUGGAACAUGUAAACAAAACUCUCAAUGCACAAACAAACAAGGAAUCAAUACAACUUUCUGGUCAAGAGAAUGUAUUUAAAAAUGUCAACAACAUAAAUUCUUGGGAUGCUGAGAAAAUAUGUCAACAAUUCUUAAUACCUGUAAAUAAUGCACAUUUUAAAAGAAUCAUAAAAAAUGGUAAACAUUGUAUUAGAAAUGAAGAUAUACAUAAAAAAGGAUUUCGCGUAGAUACAACAGCUUACGAUCAUUUCGAUACACCAAAGCCUUCUAAUGUACAAAAAAAAGAUAUCUUAGAAUGCGGAAAUAAUAAUGUAAAUAAUGUAACAAAUGAUGUAAUUGAUAACAAGGAAGCUCGAUUCAAUGAGUUGAACAUGCAAAUGUUGUCGAAAAAACUUCAUGAGCAAGUUUUUAUUAAUUCUCAUAAGAAACCCAAUGUUACUAAAAAUCAAAUAGAUUCUUUAAAAAAAGAUCUUGAAGAUUUUGGAAUGAAGAUCAACGAGACUGUAAAAAUACCUGAUGUUGAUAUAGAUUUACCACCUUUAGAAGGAAAAGAUUUAGAAGAACAUUUUUUUAAUGUUGCUAAAAGUCAGAUAAAACCGUAUAUGAAAGCUAUUGAAAACAAUUUAAAGAGUAUACCUAAGAUACCAGAAAAAUGGAUUUUGCAAGAAGGUUGGACUAGAUAUACAAACGAUACAAUCGAAAAAGUUGAUUACCCAUUGGAAGAAGCUUUAAUUUUUGAUGUAGAAGUGUGCGUAAAAGAAGGUCCAUUGCCAACACUUGCAACUGCAGUUUCUAGUUCUGCUUGGUAUGGCUGGGUCUCUAAAUCUCUCGUUGAUUGUAGUAGUAUUCCAAUAGAAAGUCGUUCUUUUACACUAGAUAUGUUGAUACCACUAGAAAGUACAUCAAACGAAUCCGGGAAAAAGUUAAAUGAUUAUCAAAAGAAGCCAAAGAUUGUUGUAGGUCAUAAUGUCUCUUAUGAUCGAGCUAGAAUUAAAGAACAAUAUUGGCUUAAUUCUACAGGUACUCGAUUUGUAGACACAAUGUCUCUUCACGUUUCCAUUAGUGGGAUGAACAGUUAUCAAAGAUCACUGCUAUUAACUAAUAAAGAAAACAAUGAUUUAGAAGAACAAGAUUGGCUGAAGUCUACAUCUUUAAAUAAUUUAGCAGAUGUUUAUAAACUCUAUUGUAAUAAAGAGCAUAAAAAAUCUAUGAGAGAUAUUUUUGUUGAGGGAACAUUGAUAGAAAUCAAACAAAACUUUGAUGACUUAAUAAAUUAUUGCGCUACUGAUGCUAAAGUAACUCACGAAGUCUUCCUGCAUCUUUUAUCACUUUUUCAAGAAAGGUUUCCACAUCCUGUAACAUUUGCCGGAAUGCUAGAACUAAGUACAGCUUAUUUGCCCGUAAAUUCUAGUUGGCAAAGAUAUAUUGAAGAAUCAGAAUCAACUUUUGAAGAUUUAAACUAUGAGGCAAAAAUAAGUUUAUCAAAGAGAGCUGAUGAAGUGUGUAAACUAAUGCAUAAUGAUAAAUACAAAGAAGAUUUGUGGAUGUGGGAUCAAGAUUGGAGUACACAAAAGAUCAAAGUUAAGAAUAAAGUUUCGAAAAAAAUUCUAGUGGAAUCAGAAUCUCAAGAAAAACAACUGUCAGAUUUUGAAAAAUAUUUAACAGAUGGAGAAGAUGAACCAGAUCCUUUAGAACAAGAGUUUUCUUAUCUUUUCAAUACAAGAAAUCGACUUCCUGUAAAAAUGCCUCAUAUGCCGGGCUAUCCAAAGUGGUAUAGAUCAUUAUGUAUGAAAGAAAAUGAAGAAAACUGGAUUCCUGGACCUCAAAAUAUCAGCACUUCUUUAAAAGUAACCCCUAAAUUGUUAAAUCUAACUUGGGAAAAUUAUCCUUUGCAUUAUAUUAGAGAACAUGGAUGGGGGUUUUUAGUUCCUUACAAUGAUGAUCCUAAUAUAAAAACUUCAUUACCUCUGCGACAGCUUCUGAUGCAAUGUCCUUUGCCCUUAGAAUCUAAAAUUGAUUCGGAUACAAAUUAUGAUAUGGAUAAUUUACAAAGUGAUGUACAAAUAGAAUUAACUAAAACCGAGUUCUGGAGAAAUAAAAAAAGGAAAAAAGAUGAAAGAAAGCCUGAUUUUUACAAAGGAAGUGGAAUAUGGUGUGAUGUCAACAUUGAUAAUUGCUGUUGGUUUUUUAAAUUACCUCAUAAAGAUGGACCUAAAAUGAAUGUAGGAAAUCCUUUAGCUAAAGACUUUCUGAAUAAAUUUUCUGAAAAUGUUUUAGCCGGUCUUGAUUCAAGUGCCACAAAAGUAUUAAAAAUAGCCAAAAUGACAUCAUAUUGGAGAAACAAUAGAGAUAGAAUUCUAUCACAGUUGGUGAUUUGGUUGAAUGAUAACAGUUUACCAUCUGUUAGUCGUCGUCGCGGAAAUCAGAGAAGUUAUGGAGCCAUUAUUCCGCAAGUUGUUGUGAGUGGUACUUUAACCAGGCGAGCUACAGAAGCUACAUGGAUGACUGCAUCAAACGCCCAUAUAGAACGAGUUGGAUCUGAAUUGAGAGCAAUGGUACAAGCACCACCAGGAUUUAGUAUUGUUGGUGCUGAUGUUGAUAGCCAAGAACUUUGGAUUGCUUCACUUAUUGGUGAUGCUUAUUGUGCUGGAAUUCAUGGUGCAACUCCUUUUGGUUGGAUGACACUCAUAGGAAAUAAAUCCAAUGGAACUGAUAUGCACAGUGUCACUGCUAAAGCUGUAGGUAUUUCACGAGAUCAUGCUAAAGUGAUUAAUUACGCUCGAAUUUAUGGAGCUGGCCAAAAAUUUGCCGAAAGACUUUUGAAACAAUUUAAUCCUUCUAUGACUCCAUUCGAAGCUCUAACCAAAUCUAGAAAAAUGUUCAAUAUUACAAAAGGCAAAAAAGUAUUUCGCCUGAAAUCAGAAUUCAUUAGUGAUGAUCUUCUUGACCUUAAUUACAGUGGGCUUGAAGCCCAUAGAAUUGCUAAAGUCUUUGGAAAGUCAGUUGCAGAAAUGUUUGGCUCUGGACAUUGGAUUGGAGGAUCAGAAUCUGCAAUGUUCAAUAGACUUGAAGAAAUAGCAGAAAGUACUUAUCCAGUGACUCCCUUUUUGAAUUCACGUCUCAGUCGUGCUUUAGAAGUUGAUGAAGAGCAUAAAGAUAAAUAUUUACCUACAAAAAUAAAUUGGGUGGUUCAAAGUGGUGCAGUUGAUUUUUUACAUCUAAUGUUAGUAACAAUGAGAUGGUUAAUGAAAGAUAAUGCAAGAUUUUGUUUAUCAUUUCAUGAUGAAAUUAGAUAUAUUGUACCUUCUCGUUACAAAUAUAAUGCUGCUCUUGCUAUGCACGUUACCAAUCUUCUUACAAGAUCUUUCUGUGCUUUAAGACUUGGAAUUGCUGACCUUCCUAUGUCUGUUGCAUUUUUCGCCUCUGUUGAAGUAGAUACUGUGUUACGAAAAGAAGCUACUGCCGAUUGUAAAACUCCUUCAAAUCCCUAUGGAUUAGAGAAUGGAUAUGGAAUAUCUCCUGGGGAGAGUCUAGAUAUUUGGAAAGCGAUAGAAAAAUCUGGAGGUCUUCUAGGAUCAUGGCAUAGUGCCUUAAUGAGAAAGAAAAAAAUAGAAAAAACUGAUAUGAUUGAGAAUGAUACCACAAAUAAUUAAUUAAAGUAAUAAACAUUGUUUCUUGUCAAGAUAAUAAGAAAUCGAGCAGAAUGAAUUGAGUGAAACUAAACCUAAAGAAAA